GGCGCUAAUGCACACCAGAAGGUUGCUUGUCAACCGCCUUAAACCAAAGAAGAAGAAGUAUCACGUGACAUAGAGGAACAGCGUUGACCUCUCCUGCUAGCUAGCAUGCUAUCCUAACUGACGCCAUCCUAGCCAGGGAACAAAGUUUCAUUCCAAUAUUUCCAAAUAUUCAACAACACUUCAACAAUGGGCCAGGCCAAAGAAGAGGCAGAUUAUGGAUACGACUUAUUUCCAGAGAGGGAGGCUAAGAAUGUAACAAAAAGACCUGUAUCGAGUCUGUUCCCCUUUCACCAUAAGUGUCAGUUCAUGUUGAAUAACACUGUGAACCAUAGUCCAUAUGCCAAACUCCUCCUCAAUGCCAUGAGCAACUCUGGAUGUGAAGUGCUCAAAGACCGCCAUUUUUCCUGCGAAGAUUGCGAUGGGACCGUCAGCGGAGGGUUUGACGCGGCCACGUCCCAAAUAGUUUUGUGUCAGAACAACGUCCAGAAGCAGUCCCACAUGGACCGAGUGGUCACGCACGAGCUCAUCCACGCUUUCGACCACUGUCGGGCUCGCGUGGACUGGUUCAGCAACUUCAGACAUCUAGCAUGUUCCGAGAUCCGGGCCGCUAACCUGAGUGGAGACUGCUCCUUCCCCAAUGAAAUGUCAAGAUACCACUUCGGCAUGAAGCAGCAUCAUCAGGAGUGCGUCCGAAACCGCGCCCUGCGCUCCAUCCUGGCCGUGCGGAAGAUCAGCCGGGAGGAGGCGGAGAAGAUAGUGGCGGAGGUGUUCGACUCGUGUUUCAAUGACCACGCCCCCUUCGAGCGCAUCCCACACUCCAAGAAGGACGCUACGUUCGACCACAGAAAUUACCAGAACAGAAGUCGAUACUACGCAAACAUUUAGUGCACAACUUGUCCUCGGGGACACAUUUUGGACAUUAAUUCUGUACAAGAAGAUCAUAAGUAGUGAAAGUCAAAUAUCAGAAGAGUGUUUUUUAAAUUUUUGUCCCGUUUGUCCGCUUAUUUUCCUGUAAAUACAGCCGAUUAAAUUCAAGCCAAUUAAAUCCUUCUUAACAUUGAGACGAAGCCAAAGCUUGUUCAAAGUCAAUUCCGGCACACUUUAGACCCUCCUUUAAAGAAGUUUGCAAAUGGCCGCCACAUCGGUUACAUGUCAUUGUUGACAUCCUCAAUGGGCGUCGGCAUUCAAAGAAUCUUCUAAUGAGUUGGACAAAGUCGUGAGGGAAUUAGCGUCGUAAUCCCUCCUCGAUGGCCGCUAUCUCAAAGGCGCCACGCGUUCGGGAGUUCCACUCCCUAAUCUGAGACGCAGGAUGAUCACGUUUUACAAGCUCGGAGAGAGGAAAUGACAACAAGAUCCUCAAGAAAAGAAAUAAAGAACAUAAGGAAAAUGAUAUUUGGUUGUUCCCGACACACAAGUUGACUAAACAAAUCAUGCAAAACAACAUGAUGAUUACAGAAUCAAAUGCAAGAUAAUAACUUGUCAUUGAAUUGUAUUUAUUGUAUUAAAACAACAAAUCCCUUGGUGCAUACACGUCUUCUUCCUGCAGUACUUGUGUCACACUUUAGAUGGCACUGUUGCACCAUGAAGUCCGAUUAGAUGAGUGUGUGUGACAUUGUACAUAUGUUUGUUUUUAGUAAAAUGUCAAUAUAAUGCAGUCUGAAAAAGGAAAACAAUGGUAAAAAAAACUGAUGAUCCCCUGAGCAAAGUGUGUUGCUAAUAGAAUUAACUUUAGAACAACGGCUUUAUGCUUUUUUCCACUGACGCCUGCAUACUAAAAAGUCACAGAUAAUUUUUU